AUGACCGCCAUGGAGAACGGAUUACCCCAGGGCGCCACAGCCGGCAAACCUGUUCUCUUCUUCGAUAUUGACAAUUGCCUCUACUCAAGGAGCCACAAGAUCCACGAUCUCAUGGCCAAGCUCAUCGACCAGUACUUCGUGACGCACCUCUCGCUGCCCGAGGACGAGGCGGCGAGGCUGACGAGGGAGUACUACAAGAGCUACGGGCUCGCCAUCGAGGGGCUCGUCCGCCACCACCGCAUCGACCCGCUCGACUACAACGCAAAGGUGGACGACGCCCUGCCGCUGGAGGGGAUCCUGCGGCCCGACCCCGAGCUGCGCCGGCUGCUGGAGGACCUCGACCGGAGCAAGGUGCGGGUCCGGCUGUUCACCAACGCCUACGUCAACCACGGCCGCCGCGUCGUGCGGCUGCUGGGCGUCGACGACCUGUUCGAGGGCCUCACGUACUGCGACUACGCGCAGUACCCGUUCGUGUGCAAGCCGGCGCCCGAGAUGUUCCGCAAGGCCAUGGACGAGGCGGGCGUCGAGAGGGCCGAGGACUGUUUCUUUGUCGACGACUCGUACGACAACUGCAAGAGCGCCGCGGAACUGGGCUGGACGGCGGCGCACCUGGUGGAGGACGGGCUGCCUGUGCCCGAGAGCAAGGCAUCGCAGUUCCAGAUCCGCCACCUGCGGGAGCUGCGCGACGUGUAUCCGCAGUUUUUCAAAUCGACCAACGCCGAGGCUUGA